GUCCCAGAGGGCGUAGCGAAACAACUUGUUUGUUGGAAGAUUCAUUCUCCGUCGGGAUGAGUGCCACAAACGAGAACGACGAUCUGGAUCACAUUAUAGCUCCAUUCCUGAGCGACAACUAUAUCCGGGAAUUGUUUUUGCUCUAUCCGACGGGUUCCGGCAAGACGAGGAAAGGUGCUCUCGUGAUGAGAUAUCUUCUCGAUAGCGGUUUUAUAACAAAGGUCGUCGUGGUGGUGCCCCGGUCCGCGCUCCUGGCCGACACCGAGCGCGAAUACCAACGAGUUUUUGGGACCGACAUCUACAAGGCUCCUUCGCGAAAGACACUUUACAGGCGGCUUGCACAUCCACACUACGGUCUAAGCAAGAAACCACCGUCUUUAUCGACGACGAUGGAAGAUCGUUACGCGGUGGACGCUUGCGGAUGCCGUUCCGGUAGCGGCGUGGUACAGAUUUUCACCCGGAAAGACUUUGUUCGCUGGGUUCGCAAGUCGCAACACGACAAGUCGGACGAGGUGGUGGGCUACUUUAUAGACGAGUUUCACACUUUCAUUUCGAGAUCGAAUCUCAAGAGCGACGCAUGUUUGGGCGGCAGCGACGCGACCACCGGACCUCUCGUAGCGGGGGACGAGCGCAAGAGGAGCUACAAGGUGCACGCUCGAAACACCGUCCAUAAGCUGGCGCACGAGACUCGCGACCGGAUAUUUGUGUGCAGCACGGCCACCCCGUUUUUUACAAAAUUCGAAGGCGAGCUGCUCCAGUGGGUCACCACCUUCGACCAGGGCAUAAAGACGGUCGAGGACGCCGAGAGAUACUUUAGCAUUCGGAUGGUCGUUCCGAAGCAAGACUUUCUCAAAAAGAUUUACAAGACGUCUCUGCACGUGGUCAGGGACGACGGGAGUUACACCGUGCCCAACGUGGUGGACGUGCGCUACCCUCUGAGCGAAGACGACUUCCCCGCAAUCGGCUGCGACUGCAAACGGGAGACCUGCGACGACAUUCACUGCGUCGUCAAGCGAGUCUUUGACGAGAUUGUGAAGCGUCCCAAGGACAAGCACUUUGUCGUUUCGUACCGCUACGACAUUAGAGAAAACAUUUUGACCAUCAUGAACAACGGCAAGCACGAGAGUAAGACGACGGCCCGAAAGUUUGUCUGGAAAAACAUGACCAUCAUAUUCGUCGUGCCAGGGGACCCCGCCUGGUACCUGACGAAGCUACGCGACAUGUACAACAACUUCACCUCCUCGGUGAUCAUGGUGACCAAUUUCUUUUUCUGCGAAGGCCACACGCUCAAGAACGUCAAGCACAUGCACAUCAUCGGUGGAUUCCCCACCUACGAGUGUGCGACCAUGUUUCAGGCGCUGGGCCGCGUCUCGAGACUCGGCUCGCACAGCAACGUGGACUCGGCCGUGGUCAAGGUGUACAUGUACAACGGUCAGCACUAUGCCACGAGACGCGGCAAGGCCGUCGACAGGGAGAACGUGAUUCGAAGAGCCAUGGUCAGAAUGAUUCGAGACACCCCCCUUUCUCCGGUCACCGCAAACGGUAGACUCUCGAACCUGCUGGCGCUGUACGCGACCAACAACGACGACAACCGCAAGAGCGAGCCUUCUGCAGACGAGAGCGAGAUCGACAAACUCUUGGCCGCCACAUCGCGCUUUGCGUCGUCAAAGUACUCGUACAACAUUACCGGAAUCGGCAUGUGCCUCAUUGACGACUCCAUCAACAGGUACAAGAUUGUCCAGAAGCAAGCCAUGCGGCAAUAUUUAUUCGACAAGCGAGUAAAGACGACCAAGAACAUACGAAUCGUCAAGGACUUUAUGCGAUCCACCUCCUUCGCUCCGGGCGAGAUUUUUCUAUCGGUGCCGGACCUGACCUUGACGGGCGACGCGCUCGUCGAUAACAUCAGACGUCACGUUGUAAACAGGUACGUCAUCUCGAACAAGAUUGAUAACUUGCCGCAUUACGCAACGUCCUACAAGAAACUCAUAAAAGGCGCAAAGCUGGCAAACAUGACCAUAACCGCUCUGCGGAAGGUGCUACAGCAGGCCAGACUCGGGUCCGACUUUACCCACCGAAACGAGGCCAUCCUGGCGUUGUACGAGUGGGGGUGCGCAAAUGACAGGAUCAUUGUCCUGACCCAGUUAUAACGCGAUGACGGAUCGACAACUGGACCUCUUACGAUCGA